AUGAAUGUUCGAUUUCCUGUUGAUCAAUCUUCAAUAAAUGCUGCUGGCCUGAAAUGCCGUACUCAGCUGCCGAUGAGCAAUAAGAUCCGCGGUCUUCAGGCCCCACGAAUAUCUGAUAGGAAAUUAGAUAUGGGCCUUAGAAAACCAUCUUGCUCAACGAUUAUGGGCCGAACAACCAGAGGAGGUUACUUUGGAUCAUGCUUCUCCAAGCAAAGCGGAAAUAAUCAAGUAGUUAGUUCCAUAGUAUCUCGGAAGAGGCACAAUAAAAUUUUAUUGUCAACCCAAAUUAUGUGUUUGAGGCUGAUGGCACAUAAAAAGAAAAUGCUUUUAAAAAUUAAAAGUAACGUGGGACAGAUAACUUCGCCACAAGAUUGUGCCUCUGAUGAGAAGAAUGGAAAUGACCGCGACAAGAAUGCUAAAGCCUCAUGCGGGAAUGAAGUUUACAAAGAAUAUUCCGUAAUUGGAAUACCUGGGGAUGGAAGAUGUAUGUUCCGCUCAAUUGCUCAUGGCGCCCGUUUGAGGUCAGGAAAACCACCUCCUAGUGAAAGUAUUCAGAGAGAGCUAGCUGAUGAUUUACGGGACAAGGUUGCUGAUGAGUAUGUCAAAAGAAAGGAACAGAUGAAACAAUGGUUUAUUGAAGGUGAUUUUGAAUCAAAUAUUUCACAAAUAAGGAAGCCUCAUGUGUGGGGAGAUGAACCCGAAUUGUUCAUCGCUUCACAUGUUUUGCAGAUGCCCAUCGCUGUAUACGUGUAUGAUCCGAAGGCUGGUGGCUUGAUAUCAAAAUCCGAGUAUGGCCAAGAAUACGGCAAGGAAAAUCCAAUAAGAGUUCUCUAUAAUGGGUUUACUCAUUAUGAUGCAUUAGAGUUUCCUAUAAGUAGAAGGAAGGGUUCUAAGUCAAGACUCUGGCAUUUCACAUUUCAAAUGUUGAAGAGAUUAAAAGCAUUUAUCUAA